UUCUCUCCAUCAGAUGCUUGUGAACUCACACUGGACCCAAACACAGCUCACAGAAAUCUUCUUCUGUCUGAGGACAACAGACGGGUGACAUUAGUGGACAAAGACCAGCCUUAUCACUUUCAUCCAGACAGAUUUGACAGCUUUAAGCAGGUGCUCUGCACAAACGAACUGACCGGUCGCUGCUACUGGGAAGUCAAGAUUAAUGAAUCGUUGUAUGUAGCGGUGACUUACAGAGGAAUCAGCAGGAGAGGAGAAGGUGAUGACUGCAGGUUUGAAUUCAAUGACAAGUCCUGGGGUCUGUUGUAUGGUGACGAAGACCGUGUUACUCACCGUUUGUUGGAAAUGAGCAUGCUUAUUAAUCACAAUUGCACUGGAGUAGUAGCAGUGUAUCUGGACUGGCCUGCUGGCUUUGUGUCCUUCUACAAAGUUGGCUUUGGCCGCACUCUGACCCACCGCCGUACUUUCUACUGCAGAUUCACUGAGCCUCUCUACCCUGGCUUUGGCUUUGAGACUGUCUUUCCUCAUAAACAUAGCUCUCCUCCCUCAGUAGUCCUUUGUCCUUUGAUGAGUGAACAAAGUCAGACAGAAGUUCAGUCUGCUCUUCCAGGUGUGAUCCAGCAGUCAAGCAUCUAAUUAAAAUGGAGGGACUGUAACUGUCCUAAAGACAGAUCUUAUUGAAAUAUUUACCAAAUGCUUGAUUUUUUAUAUUCGGUCAUACUUUCAGUCAUGUUUAAAUUCAUUGUGGUUAUUGAGUUUGAUUAAAAGUGUAAAAAAUAAGAUGCUAAAGACAACUCUGAAAUUAAUGUUUAGUCAAUAAAUAUAAUGCUGCUUAUUACAAUGUACAAAACAACUAUUCUGCACCUUCCAAGAGGCGCAAUUUAUCACUUUAAAGUUUCAUUUGCUUCAUAUUAGUUUGCAAUAUUUGCCGAAGUGAUUUUGCAUUGACAGCUUAAUGCCUUUGCUGUUGCAAGCUAGCAUAUUUGGACCCGUCUUUCGACUGGAACUAGCUUGAGAAAUUUGCUGUUUCAGUCUAUCUACUUCCAGACACAUUCUUGGUAAACUUUAAAACAAUUGAACAAUGUUUGUUUGAAAUGUUUGGUGUAUAUAUCUUUCAUUUUUUUCUAGUUUUCAUGGUGUCUGCUGUCAAGAGGGGAAAUAAAUGUUCAAAAGACA